AUGAAAUACUUAGCAGCAUACUUGUUAUUAGUCAACGCCGGUAAGACCUCUCCAUCAGCCGAAGACAUCAAAUCCGUCUUGUCAGCAGCUGAUGUUGAAAUUGAAGAUGACAAGAUUGAAAAAUUGAUUUCUGAAUUGGAUGGUAAAUCAGUUGAAGAAUUGAUUGCCGAAGGUAAUGAGAAAUUGUCUAGUGUACCAACUGGUGGUGCUGCUGCUGGUGGUGCUUCUGCUGGUGGUGCCGCUGCUGGUGGUGAUGCUGAACCAGCUGCUGAAGCUGCUGCUGAAGAAGAAAAGGAGGAAUCUGAUGAUGAUAUGGGAUUCGGUUUAUUCGAUUAG